CAAACCAAGCACAUCAGAAUCCAAUACUUCAGCACCAUUUUCGACCGAAACUCUGGAUGUGAUAGAUGCUCUAAUAUACGGACUUCCAUUACCAGCCAUGCCAUUGACAGCUGUUAGUCAUGAGCAAGUUCAGGAUGAAUGUCUAUUACGCGAUAGCCAGCUACCAACCACUCUUCCAUCAAAAGCUAAUGUAUUGUCUGACGAUGCGAAGACACCAUCUCGAAGAAGCAGGAUUCCUUCGAAGAUCUUACAGUCGCCGUAUCUUUCAAACUUUGGGUCGAGUGAAAAGGGAAAGGAAAAUUUGUCAGAUGUUACGCAUCAGACACACCCUUUUGAAGGUUUUGGUAUAUGCUAUCAACCCCCUUCUGAGCUUGUCACAGACUACUCUCAAUGGAUAGAUAAAGGACUUCUAAAAUCACAUGGCAACAAGAAUUCGAAGGAGGAUCAUUACAGAUCUAAGUGCUCUUCAUUCGGCUUUGAAAAAAUGGACUUUGUUGUGGCAUUUCCUAAAGAUAAGAACUGGUUUUACCUAAUGUCACAGCCGGACAGAUGCUGGAACGAUGAGCACAUCGAUGUAAUAUUUUACUACCUUCGGAAGAAAUCGAAGAUGCAGUUGAGCAAUCAGUAUCGAUACACAACGACAAAUUGCAUUUUCAAAAAUUACAUCGAAUAUGCACACACACGCUACUAUCACCUUCCACCUAACAUUUCUACACAAGAAGAUAUGGCAAGGUCCACUGUUACAGCUCAUCAAGAGAGAUCCGUGAAGAACAUAAUAAGAGGUUUCUCAAUACCAGCCGGUUUGCCCUGGUAUUUGGUAGAUGAGGUAUACAUUCCAGUAAACUGCGACAUGGAUUUUCAUUGGGUUCUUGCGGUAGUUGUGUUGAAAGAGAGGUUGAUACGUGUGUAUGAUUCAUCGCCUAGACGAAGAAGUAGCAACCCUUCCCAAGAGAUCCAAAAGAUAGCAGCAAUGCUACCAACAUACCUGCAAGACAGUGGUUUCUUUGACAACAACGAACGUACUGAUUGGUCGUCUCUUGAUUCAUACAAGGACAAAUCAACCGGUAAUAUGCUUGAACCACAUCACCAAUUAGCAGUUGAGUAUGUUGAAGGAAUUGCGCAACAGGGAAGUGGCAUAUUGGAUUGUGGAGUUUUCCUGGCCAUGUUUGCUGAAUAUCUUAGUGAUGGAAUUUUUAUUCCAAGUACCGUACUAAACGCUGAAUUCUUCCGUUCAAGAUAUGCCGCACUCUUAUGGAGAUAUGGUUGUGAGAAGGCCAUGGAUGGUUAUGUUAGCGAUAACGACGAUCCAAAAAAACCAAGAAGAGACAUAUCUCCAAACCAAGGAGAACUGAUUGAUGUCCAAUAA